AUGAUUCGAACAUUUGUUAGACACUUAACAACAAAAGUACCAUUUCAGCCCAAACCAUUAGCGCCGCGAAAACCGAAAGCAUCCAUGGAUUUUGAUAAUGAAUUUCAAGAUGAAGUUGAAGUUCGACUAGUGGCGGGAAAAGGCGGUGAUGGAAGAGCGACAUUUUCCAAAACAUUUCAGAACGAAUUUGGUGGAGCUAACGGAGGAGACGGUGGCAACGGUGCCCACAUUAUCUUUCAAGCGUCAAAACAUGUGACGUCAUUGAAUAAUAUUCGAAAAUUGUAUAUUGCCGAUAGUGGAGCACCGGGCGAAGCAAAUUUCAAAAAGGGCACAUCAGCUGAACAUUCGAUAAUUCCGGUGCCUGUCGGAACCAUAGUGAAGAAAAUGAAUGGAAAGACUGUUUGUGAAUUACGAAAACAUGAACAGAAGUUUAUCGCAGCACGGGGAGGUUUAGGUGGAAAAGGAAAUUAUUACUUUCUAUCAAAUAUGAAUCGAGCACCAACGGAAUACGAAUUAGGUGCGAAUGGUGACAAAAAGAAGUAUAAACUUGAACUCCAACUGAUCGCGCAUUUUGGUUUACUUGGCUUUCCUAAUGCUGGUAAAAGCAGUCUCUUACGAACGAUUUCUCGAGCACGACCUAUCGUGGGCGAUUAUGAAUUCACCACACGUCAACCACAACUCGGUUCAAUCGAAUACGAUGAUUUCAUUCAAAUUCAUGUGGCCGACAUUCCUGGUAUUGUCCCCGGUGCUUGUAAAGAAGAACAAGGUUUAGGCAGCCGAUUUCUACGUCAUAUCGAGCGAUGCUUAGCAUUACUUCUCAUUAUCGAUAUGAGUGUUGAACGUCCAUGGGAACAAUACGAUCUGUUGAUGAAUGAAUUACGUGAAUAUAGAACUGAUUUGACACAGAAAAAAAUAACCGUUCUUGGAAAUAAAAUGGAUGAUGCGGACGCAAAGCUACAACUGGAAAAAACUCGACAAUACAUUCCUUAUCCGUUGAUACCAAUCUCAACCGUGGAAAAAAUAAAUAUCGAUAAGUUGUUGUUUUAUCUAAGAAAACAAUAUGAUGAAUUGAUUACUGAUGAAUGGCGUGAAAGAAUAUAA